UCCCUCCACUUUCCCCCUCUCUUCCUCUUCUUUUCCCUGUAUUUUACAUAUUAUUGUUGGGGUGCUCACUCAUGCCACAGCGUAGUAUGAAGGUUGUAAAACAGCUUGUGGGAGUUGACUCCCUUCUUGGUGGUGAAUGUCAGGUCUCCAGGCUUGCAGGCCAGAACUUUACUGGCUAAGCCAUUUCUCCAGCCCUUCUCUCUUUUAUUUAUUUUGUGGAUUUAUUUAUUUUUAUGUGUAUGAGGGUUCUGCUUGCAUGUAUAUUGUUGUACCACACGCAUAUCUAAUGUUCACAUGAUUCAGAAGAAGGCAUCAGAUCUCCUGGUACUGGAAUUCCAGAUUGUUAUGAGCCAUGUGAGUGCUAGGAACUGGACCCAGGUCCCCAAAAGAGCAGAAACUGCUCUAAAUUGAUACCCCAUGUCUUCUGCCGGCUCCUCUUCUUUAAUGUGGUGCUGGGAUCAAAUCUGGGGGCUCCCUUGUUCUUUUUAUGUUUUUGUUUGUUUGUUUGUUUGCUUUUCGAGACAGGGUUUCUCUGUGUAGUUUUGGUGCCUGUCCUGGAUCUCGCUCUGUAGACCAGGCUGGCCUCGAACUCACAGAGAUCCACCUGGCUCUGUCUCCCGAGUGCUGGGGUUAAAGGCAUGUGCCACCACAGCCUGGCCAGGCACCCUUAUUCUUACCUGGUUAUUUUAGGCUCGUUCAGUCUCAGACAGCCCCUCUCCUCUGCCAGGGCUUGGCAACUUGCCCAGAAUCCUUAAGGACCAUCCAGCCAAACUGUUGGGGUGCUGUCUAGGUUCCCCUCUGUGAACCACUUUUAUCCGAUGUUCCUAUGACAAUGAGAAUAACUACUCACGCUCUGAAAUGCUGACUUAUCGACCUGUUGGGCUCUUGUCCCCACCCUGCACUACUCCUUACUUUUAUGGGCCCUCCCUAACAGGGGAAAUUCAGCUAUCUAGUCCACUCCAGCAUCCAGCCCUGAUCCAUAACAGGCCAGCAAAUAAUAGCUGUCCAAGCCAGUUGUUGGUUUCUCAUAGACAGCCAGGCACCCCCACACCCACACUCCGGACUCGCUCACUCUAGAAACUCCCAGAACCCAGGCAUCUUUAACAGGCCUAUCAUCUCCAGCAGCAUCCCUGACUCAGUCCCCUGGAGUGCUUCUACUGCUGGGCUGCCUCCCUGAGGCCCCUGGGAGCUUAUGGAGAACCUGAACCCUAGUUCUGGCCCACAGGGCUAGAGAGACUCCGGCAGGUAUCCAGGCCUAAAAUUGCUAGAAAUUCCUUGUGAUUGAAUAGAGGGAAGGAAGGUAAGACCGGUUCAUUCCAGCCGAAGGAACAGUGUGAACAAAUGACUGCUGGCUGGCAUGAAAGUGCACAUCCUAGCCGGGCAGCGGUGGCACACGCCUUUAAUCCCAGGUGGAUCUCUGUGAGUUCGAGGCCAGCCUGGUCUACAGAGAGAGAUCCAGGACAAGCACCAAAACUACACAGAAAAAAAACCCUGUCUUGAAAAAAAAACAAAAAAAGAAAGAAAGUGCACAUCCCAUUUGAGGUAUGGUCCUGAUCUGGUCUGGGUAAAGGACCAUCAGCAGAAGGGAGGGUGGAUGAAAGUGUUGUCAGAUCUAGAAGAGAAUGGCCAGGUGGAGAGGUCUGAGCUCCCUACAGGAUCAGCAAGGCUCAGAGUUUCUUAGACUUAAUCCUGCUCCCCACAGAUCCACCCAGCCCUCCCUUCUACCCAGCCCCCAGCCUGCCUGAUCCUGCCGCCAAAUGGACUUCUCUCUGGGCCUACGCUUGGGGCCUCGGAACAAGAAGGCCACCUACCAGGAGCCCCCUCCGCCCUCUGGGCAUGGGCCUCCAGCCACCUCUCCCUGCUUGUCCUGCCCCCCUUCUUCUGUUUGUGCCUGCCCCAGCUGCCCCAGCUGCCCCCCUCCCAGCUGCCCCUGCUCUGCUUGUCCCUCGUAUCCAGGUCCCUGCCCUUCCUGUCCAGGUCUCCCGGGCCCACCCUGCACCUGCUCUUGCCCUCCUUGCUCUGCCUGCCCUCCCUCAACGUGUCCCCAUUCUUACUGCGUCCCCUGCUCAAGUCCGCCUGUGACCUACUGCCACCCCUCACCUUGCCUGGUUUACCCUUGUUCCACAACCCAGACCGCCUGUCGGAGGAGCUCCCACCUGGGCUGCGGUAGCGGCUGCAGCUGUGGCCGUGGUACUGCUUGGAGGCCUCGGGACUCCACAGGCGGCUGCAGUUUCUGCUUCAGGAGACAGAGGGCUUCUCAGGGGCUCUGUCUGAUCAUCUAGGCCGAGAGGAUGUGUCCCAUGGAAGAUGGUUCUGCUGCUACUGGCAUUACUUCCUCAGACAGAAGCUCUGCGUAGAGUGAAGAGGGAGUCAGGUGGACACCCCCUCCCCCAAGUCCUGAACGGGACAGGGGCCCAACCCUUGGAUACUAGUUUCUGGUUGUGCUCCUGCUGGUUCCAGAACCUCUUCCUCUGCACCUUCUGGAAAGGGUCCUCAGAGCCUUCCUUGCAGCCCUUAAGCCCAAGCUGCCUCAGUCUCCCUGGUACUGGGGUUAUAGAUGUGUACCACUGUGCCUAGUGGAUUCACAGAGGACUUCGAAAUUCGGGAAUUGCGAUACCAUCACCCGAGUCCCACAGAUGGACCUGAGCAUCACUAACUGUGACAGAGCCAGUCACUGUUUGUCCGAUGUCACGAUGCAGUCUGAAGCAUUUGGUGUCGCCUAGAAAAGAUUCUGGCCGAAAGAAACAGACAACCUGCUCAACGUGAAAUAAAUCAAACCCCCAUUGCUCAUCACGUGUGUGCAUGGUCAUGAGUGUGCAGGUGCUCAUGCUCAUGGAAACCAGAGAUUUGUUCCUUACAGCAAGGUCCACCUCAAAAAAAAACAAAACAAAACAAACAAACAAACAAACAAAAAACCUUUGAGACAAGGUUUCUCCAUGUAGCUCUGGCUGUCCUGGAACUCAUUCUGUAGACCAGGCUGGCCUUAAACUCACAGAGAUCUGCCUGUCUUUGACUCCCAAGUGCUGGGAUUAAAGGCGUGCGCCACCACCACCCAGCUGAUUUUUUUUUUUUUUUAAAUAAAUCACAGUCUUUUGCUAGGUCCUGUCUCUGCAUCCUCAGCUCUGAAAUUACACUCUUGCCACCAUGUCCACAGUUUUCGCAGAGGUUCGGAGAACUGAAUUCAUAUCAAGUUUAAAUGCCAAGCAAGUGCUUUACCUACUGAACCAACUCCUCAGCCCCCUCUUUAAUGAGAAAUACAGGAGAUGGAGAAACAAACGACACAAGAAGGAAGUAACUAGACUCUGGUAAAAUGUGGACGAUUUUAAGAAAAUCUGACCCAGUUACCUAGAUAAGUCAAUAGCUGUGGGGAAAAUGAGAAGAGACUUAAAACAGAACUGCAGAGCUGAGGGCAGACUUCAGUGUUAGCGCCCAGUGACCCACGAGGGUGGGAGGGUAUAGACGACCACACCGGAACUUGGGGAUCUCUUUUUGUUCAAGAUUUGGGGGUGCCAACCAUCAAAAGAUAUUUCAGAAGUUGAGAACAUUUAGAUGUAGACUGGGUUGUAGUUUUUGUUUUUGAGACAGGGUCUAAUGAAUUAUGCAUGCAGCCCUGGCUGGCCUGGAACUCACUAUAUAGAUCAAGUCGGUCUUGAACACACAAUGAUCUGCCUGCCUCUGCCUCUCCAGUUCUGGAUGAAAUGUGUGUGUCACCAUUCCCAGUUUGUGUUCUACUGCUCUUUCUAAAAUUUACUUAACAUUUACCGUGUGUGUGUGUGUGUGUGUGUGUGUGUGUGUGUGUGUGUGUGCGUGUGCACACACACACAAUGAAUGUGGAGGUCAGAGGAUAUUUUUCAAGUCUGUUCUGUUCUUUCCUUCCACCAAGUGGGUCUUGGGGAUCAAACUGAGGAUGUCAGGCAGGGUGGCAAGCAGUCAACCCUUUGAGCCAUCCCACUGCCCUGGAUUGAGUUUUUUGUUUGUUUUAUUUUGUUUCUGAGACAGGGUUCCUCUGUGUAGCAACCCUGACUGUCCUGGAACUCAUUCUGUAGACCAGGCUGGCCUUGAACUCAGAGAUCCAUCUGCCUCUGCCUCCCAAGUGCUGGGUUAAGGGCGUGCACCACCACUGCCCAGCUGGACUGAAUUUAUUUUUUUUGUUGUUGUUUUAUUUUUUGUUUUGUUUUGUUUUUCAAGACUGGGUUUCUCUGUGUAGUUUUUGGUGCCUGUCCUGGAUCUCGCUCUAUAGACCAGGCUGGCCUUGAACUCACAGAGAUCUGCCUGGCUCUGCCUCCCAAGUGCUGAGAUUAAAGGCGUGUGCCAUCACCGCCACCCAGCUUGGACUGAGUGUUUAUGAUGCCAAGAAAUCAGUGCUAGUUCGUUAGAUAUAAGUGUGGCCCUGAGGCUAUCUCCUAACAUUGAUACAGAAGUGUGGAAUAAAACAACCUCCUUAAUUUGAAAUGUCUCAAAGGAGAAAACAGAAGAAGUAAGAGUCACAGACGCUAUAAUGUUGAAUUAAAUAUGUAUGGGCUCACAGAAUUAUGUGUUCCACA